CCUCGGCCUCCUCCUCCCCGCCGCCAUGUGGGGCCGGCGGCGGCGCGGGGCAGGGCCCGGGGCCGGGGGGGGCGCGGAGGAGCUGCGGGCCCGGCGGCGGGAGCGGGAGGCAGCUCUGAGGAAGGCCCGGCGGCAGGAGCAGCUGGUCAGCAAGCGGCUCCUGCGGGAGGACGAGCAGGAUGGGGCCGAGGUCCUGCUGCAGCCUCUCCCGGAGGACGAGGUCUCCGAGCUGCUCAGAGCUGUGCAGAGGGGUUCAGAGGACAGGAAAACUUUGCUGCGACGCCUCCGCCGGGCUCUGCAGGACAAGGAGACUCAGCAGAAGUUUGUCAGGCUGGAUGGCAGUGUCCGGACGCUCAUCGGGCUGUUCACCGGCAGUCUGGCUGACGUGCAGAUGGAGGCAGCCCGCUGUCUGCAUGAGCUCUCCCACUCCAGUGACGCUGCUGUGGCUGAGGCGUGCAUGCCAGUGACCUCCUAUCUCCUGACAUACCUCUCGGGACACAGUGUUGAGUUCAUGGAGCUGUGUUUGUACACGCUGGGCAACCUGGUAGUGGAAAGUGAAGCUGUGAGAAAGCAGCUUCUGCCUCAGGGCAUUAUUCCAGUGCUGGCAUCCUGCAUCCAGUCCCCGCAUGAGGCUGUGCUGGAAGGUCUGGGUUACGUCUUGUCACAGCUCCUCCAAGCCAAAGAAGCUCCCACAGAGAUCAUACCCUUGGUUCUGGACUCUGUUCUCCCCCAGCACAUGCUUCGACUGGUUUGCUCUGGCCUCAAAUACGGGACAGGAGCUGCUGUGGAAUUUGCAUGGUGUCUCCACUACAUCGUUUGUAGCCAUACAGCCAACGCGGCGCUGAUAGCGCUGGGGGCCAUACCUGCUCUCACCUCGCUCUUGUGCGACAUCGCUUCUGAAAUCUCCCAAAGCAUUUCUGAGGGCCUGGAGCUGCUCACCUGCCCGGUGCUGCGGUGUCUCGGCAAUCUGCUUGCAGAGGAGACAGGAUGCGAAGCCCUGAUCCAGGACGAGCGCUUGCUUGUGGCCCUGUUCACAGUCAUGGAGUGCUACCUCCAGAAGCAUCCCUUCAUCAUACCGGAGUGCCUCUGGCUGCUGAACAACCUCACGGCGGACGAGCCCUUCUUCUGCUCUGCUCUGCUCUCUCUGGACUUGCUCCCAGCCUUGCUGCAGCUCCUGCCAUGUUCCCAGGCAGCGAGCGUGUUGGUCCUGACCGUGCUGUGCAACGUAGCAGAGAAGGGGCCCGCCUACUGCCAGCAGCUGCACCAGCAGGCUGCGCUUCCCCUGCUGCUGCCCCCCCUGGCACUCCCUGACCCAGAAGUGGUGGGGCAGUGCCUGGAGCUGCUGCACCUCCUCUUCCUGCACUGCCCGCAGGCUGCUGUUGACUUUGUCAAGCAAGGAGGGCACCAGACCCUCAAGCAGCACCAGAGCACCCCAGAACUCCAGGAGCGGGUGCAAGCACUGCUGGACAUGGCCCUGCAGCCACCGGGAGCCUCUGUCUUCAGUUCCUCACCAGCUGCAUCGUCCGCCUUCUCCUAGAUUACACAGCCUGCCCUCCUGGCCUGAGGAGGAGCAAACAAUUCACUCGCUGCCCUGCUUUCCUGCACCACAGCGCAAGGGCUGGUCAGGCAGUCAGGCUAACCGAGCAGCAGUGCUGGCUGCACGGAAAUGCUGGUGCCAGGUGGGCUGUUCCCCGCUCCCCUCCCUGGUGUCCGUGUCACCUUGCGGCCACCACCAGGCUGCCCCACGCGUCCCUGGAGCAGGGGCCAAGCUGAGCGGAGCUGCGAUCAGUGCAGAAGGGCUCUUGUUGCUGUGGGAGGGAAUACCAACCCUGCUGGAUUUGCUGAUUCCUUUUGGUGCUGCAGUUUUAAAUCCAACACACGAAGCUCUGGGUAAGCAUAUAUGUUUAUAUGACUGAUAAAUUAAGGACACAUUUUACAUUAAAGAUCAUUGGCAAAGCGUUCA